UACCUCAUGUGCACUGGUAAAAGGAUUGGGAUAAACCUCUCGAAACCUGAUAAAAUUUUGAUCUGCUUUUUUCCCAACAUCGAGAUCUACGGCCAAUCUUAACUUUGACGGUGGUAAGCAGCGUGGUUCUGCGUGUAUGAUAUUCAGGUCAAAAAACUGUUUAGAGAUGGGGCGCAACGCCCGUGCCAUAGUUCACGGUCCAACAGUUGGCAAGCUCAAAGUCAAAUUUUUCCCGGAUCAUAUUCGGGUUAGGACGCAAACGUUUCCGAUCGCCUGUUGACGCUGCAGUAGCCAAGCUAUAAAGAAUCGAGUAUUCAAAAAGUGAUACAGCAGAAUUAACCACCCACAUCCCUCAUUAAUGGAUCAAAAUCGCCCUACCGAUCAAUUCAUUUUGAUGGCAGCUCAUGCUCCAUCGUCAGUGACGCUGACGACUGAAUACGGACGAGCACACGCUGCUGACCCCCACGAGGAACCAUUCGCUGAGUUCCCUGGCCCCAACGCUGCAAGCCAAGGCUUCUUGAACUCUGGCAUGGGUUAUUUCACAUCUCCACAAAGCCUCGCAUACUGUGACAACCAUUACCUUCUAAACCUGAUGGAGCAAAAUUACGCUCAUGGCUCUGCUCAUCACGCUUUUCUUCUUCCCGGAAAAUCUACUAAAGAGUUGGAUGGCCUGUCUAAAACCCACUCUUAUUAUGACAGUGGUGUUAUGCGUACUUCGUUACAGGAUGAGGCUGCUCUUUUUGUUCCAUAUCAUCGCCACCAGUGGCGCGAGACAUACGGCACGGAAGCUACCAUGAACCAAGCCAUUCGGAUGUGUGAGGGACAGCGGGACACUCCAGAUCCAAAUCUCCUGUACAGUCAGAUGGGGAGAGACGAAUUAUCUGUGAACAUCAGUUCAUCCUCGACGAGUCACACAGGUUCCCAAUCUAGCAGAUCGGCAACUCACCGGCUGAGAUACAGCGGGAGAGCUUUCAGGUCCAAAGCUGUUAGACAGAUCAACCACAGGAUAUUCCCAGACGGUGACAGGAUGAAGCGGCAAUGUGUUGUUGAAGGAAAAUUAUGCCCGCCACGUACAGCUCUAGACGAGGUGUUCGUCUCGGAUUGUGAUGAUGAACGACCGAGAUCGUAGCGUCAUGGAAGAUUGGUAGAUAUGGAACCAUUGUAGCUCUUGAAGGGUAUGCUGUAUUUGUGAAAUUUAUUUACAUAAUAAGGCAUCUUUCCUGUGGA